AUGCAUCUCUGUACACGUUAUUCAGGUGUCGUCGUUCACAUUGGUGUCCGUGCCCGAGCAUUGUACUCGGGUAAGUACAAGACAACGUGGAAAGGCGUGGAACUCAUGAAAGAUGCGCUAGAUCUUGUUAUUCUUCAAAGUUUGAUUUACAGCGAAAGACCAGUCACGAUUUUCGAGCUUGGAACAUACUCCAGAGGCAGUGCUCUUUGGCUUGCGGACAUCGCACGAUCAUUCGACUUUCGAUGUCACGUGUACUCCAUUGAUAUAUCCUUUGAAUGUCUUCAUGAAAAAGCCAAAUCUAAUAAGGACAUCACGUUUCUACUGGCCGAUGCCUCUAAGGACAUGGAGAAAGUUCUGCCAACGGAAAAACUGAAGGAAAUGCCUCAUCCUUGGUUCAUCACCGAAGACUGUCACGUUCCGUUGGAGGAUUCUGUCGGUUACUUGGAGAAGUUUAUGAUACCUGGAGAUUAUCUGCUUGUUGAAGAUACACAUCCAUCAAUAAACAGGCUGAUUGGUCAAGGUCUUUACACUCCUGGUUUUGAUGAGGCUGGUUUUGCUAAAUAUAAUAUUCUGAAGGCGUUCGUUGAAGCUCGUCCUGGAAAAUUUAUGGUUGACCAACACUACACUGAUUUCUUUGGAUACAAUGCCUCCACAAGUAUGAAUAGCUAUCUGAAGCGAGUUUAAGACUUGUGCAGAUGACUUUCUUUGUUCGAAUCAUUACUUUAGCUAUUACUCACGGUUAUACACAAGGUCAAUCCUCGGCUACAGACUAUCCGGCGAACAGUCGAAUUAAAGGCCCGUUCACACGAGCCGAUUGUUCCGAUUCCGACUUUUGGAUAAUUAUUAAGACAGUCCGAUAAUUUUGCUGAUAUUUACAUUCGUUUAGAUAUAUAAAGUCAUGCGAGCAGCUAUUUGUGCUAUCCAGUACAUUUAUCGAUAUGUUUUUCGUAUUUUUGUUCUUGUUUCCAAGUCUUUUUCAAAUCUAUGUAACUUGACUA